GUUGUAGUAUAAAUUAGAAUAGUCCAAAUCUAAGAUGUAUAGAUCCAUCAUUCAUUUUCAUUCAACUGCUCCAAUUUUUUUCAUGAAUAACAAUAAUAUGCUGCUUCUCUUUCUCUCCAUCAUCCUCCUCUUAGCUCCGGCGUCAUAUCCACCGAUCACGGCGGCAGAGACGGAGCAGCAGUUCGCCGUUGAGGGCGGGAAAGUAUUGGAGCUUGAUGAAUCCAACUUCGAUGCAGCAAUUUCAAAGUUUGAUCAUAUUUUGGUUGAUUUCUAUGCUCCUUGGUGUGGCCACUGCAAACGUCUUGCUCCUCAGUUGGACAAAGCUGCUCGCAUUCUUGCUGAUUUGAAGCAGCCCAUAAGUAUUGCCAAAAUAGAUGCUGACAAGUACAAACGUGUUGGUUCAAAAUAUGACAUUGAUGGAUAUCCAACUAUAAAGAUAUUUAUGCAUGGAGUUCCAACAGAUUAUUAUGGACCAAGAAAAGCAGAUUUGCUUGUACGAUUCCUGAAGAAGUUUGUUGCUCCUGAUGUGGCCAUACUCAAUUCUGACUCAGCUAUUAGUGAAUUUGUUGAAGAAGCCGGCACUAGUUUUCCUAUAUUCAUAGGCUUUGGUUUGAAUGAAUCUGCUAUAUCACAUUUUGCAGUAAAAUACAAGAAGAGAGCAUGGUUUUCUGUGUCAAAAGAUUUCUCGGAUAAAACCAUGGAAUUCUAUGAUUUUGACAAAGUACCUGCUUUGGUAGCUCGUCAUCCAAACUAUGAUGAGCAAAGCACCUUCUAUGGUCCCUUUGAAGAAAAGUUCAUUGAGGAUUACAUCAAGCAGAGUUUACUCCCACUGGCUUUGCCCAUUAGUGAAGAAACUCUGAGAUUGCUGAAAGAUGAUGAGAGGAAAAUUAUUCUAACAAUUUUGGAAGAUGAGACUGAUGAGAGGGCCAACAGAUUAGUGAAGCUCCUGAAAGCUGCUGCAUCUGCAAACCGUGACUUCGUGUUUGUUUUUGUCGGGUUCAAGCAAUGGGAAGGGUUUGCUGAAUCAUUUGAAGUUUCUAAGAAAACUAAGCUGCCAAAAAUGGUUGUUUGGGAUGGUGAUGAGGAGUACUUCUCAGUCGUUGGCUCAGACAGUAUAGAAGAUGAAGAUCAGGGGUCCCAAAUAACACGAUUUAUUCAAGGAUACAAAGACGGAAAUAUCGUACAGAAACGUAUUAGCGCUGGUUCAUUCAUGGGUUUCGUAAACUCAAUGAUCGGGGUUGGAACAGUGACCAUCAUAGUGUUUGUGGUUGCGGUGGUGAUGAUCAUCCAGUCUUUGAAAGAGGAACCCUUAACGGUUGGUACAAGGGAUGAGGGAGAUUAUCCUAGCAGCUCCAACUCUCAGCCAGAAGCCAGACAACCACUUCGUUCUGGAGAGAAACAAGACAAGGAAGAUUAAGUUGACAUAAACUUCUCAUUCGAGAAAUCAUGGCAUGGAGGACCAAACUACAUGCUGGUCUCGGAGUACUGUUAAGUUUCCUUCUCACCAUGAUCACAGCCCUUAGUUAUCUUAAGGAAGCUACGUGAACAGCAUACUCUUAGGAAUUCUGUAGUCUGAGCUUCAAUCUGUGUUAUUGAAUGUAACAAUUUAUAUUUACAAAUGUGGAGGCAAUAUUAGUUUCCCACUGUAUAAAUGAGUUUAAAACUAGAGAUAAUUUUGCUGCUAGUUUUUAUUCUACACACUAUUUUUUAGCUAAAUACCACUGCCUAUUUGGCCAUUAAUGAUA